AUGCCACCAAAACAAGCAGCUUCAAAAAAAACUGUAGAAAAAGAAAAGAAAAAGAAAAUCGAAGAUAAAACCUUCGGUUUAAAAAACAAAAAUAAGAGUAAAAAGGUCGCAGCUUACGUUAAAACUGUAGAAACUCAAGUUAAAAACUCUGCUUUACAAAACAAGGAUGAAAGAAGAAAGAUGGAAGCUAAAAAAGAAAAAGAAUUACAAGCUCAAGCUAAAAAAGAUAUGGAAUUAAUGGCACAACAAGUUGCCAUUGUUCAACCAAAAGUUCCAUUAGGUGUUGAUCCAAAAUCAAUUGUUUGUGAAUUCUUCAAACAUAAUCAAUGUAGCAAAGGUACCAGAUGUAAAUUUUCACAUGAUUUAGCAGUUCAAAGAAAAGAUGCUAAAAUUGAUAUAUAUACUGAUCGUCGUAAUGAUAAAGAAGCCGAUACCAUGGAAAACUGGGAUGAUGAAAAAUUAAAAACAGUCGUCGAAAAGAAGAGAAGUAACGAAAAUAAAAAUAAAACCGCAAUCAUUUGUAAAUUCUUUUUGGAUGCUAUCGAACAAAAGAAAUAUGGUUGGUUUUGGGAAUGUCCAAACGGUGGUGAAAAAUGUUCAUAUCAACAUUGUUUACCAGAAGGUUAUCAAUUAAAGAAGAAGAAAUCCAAAGAAGAUGAAGAACAAGAAGAAUUGCCAAUUGAAGAAAUAAUCGAACAAGAAAGAGCCAAAUUAACUAAACAUACACCAGUAACUUUUGAUACUUUCAUGAAAUGGAAAGAAGAUAAGAGAAUCGAAAAAGAAAAAGCUGCUAAAGCUGCCAACGAUAAACGUCUUGCUGAUAUUAAAGCCGGUCGUACUCAAAUGUCAGGUCGUGAAAUGUUUACUUUCAAUCCAGAAUUCUUCGUUGAUGAUGAUUCAGCUAUUGAUACCAACUCUACUGAAUACGUUAAAACUCAAGAAGAAAUUGAUGCUAUUGCCAACGGUAUCAAUAAAGAUUUAUUUGUCGCUGAUGAAGAUGAUAUUCCAGAUAUUUCAGAUGAAGAUGAAGAUGAGGACGAAGAAGAUGAAGAUGAAGAUGAAGAAGAAGGUGAAGAAGAGGAAGAUGAAGAAGAAGAUGACGAAUAA